UCUGUCUUAGCCUUGGUGAUUCCCGUUGGCGCUUUACCGGUUUUUAUGGAGUCCCAGAGAGAGAUCGACGUUCUGAGUCAUGGAGUCUCUUGAAGAGACUGUCGACUCUCAAUUACCUUCCUUGGGCGGUAAUGGGAGACUUCAACGACAUAUUGUGCCCGAAAGAGAAAUGAGGAGGGAACCCUCAACCCAGUCGUCUGAUUGAAGGUUUCAAGGAGGCUGUUGAAACAAGCGGAUCGCGGGAUUUUCCUUUCAAAGGAUAUCAAUUCACCUGGGAAAAGUCAAGCGGCACACCAAAUUGGAUUGAGGAAAAACUAGACAGGGUGUUGGUUUCAGAUCAUUGGGCUGAAGUAUUCUCCCAAGCUUUGGCGUCAUCUAUUCCUGUCCCGAAGAGCGACCACAUCCCUAUCCAUCUUCAGAUACUACUGGAGGAGAAAUUUUGUGCGAAGAAGAGAUUUCGAUUUGAGAAUCUCUGGCUAAGGGAGUCAAUAUGUAGAGAUGUUAUGGAGGAAAGUUGGGCAAGAUACCAAGGGCAGGACUUCAUUGAUCGAAUUGGGAGCUUCGGCAAAGCUAUAUGGGAUUGGAGCAAAGGCUUUGCUACCAAUUUCAAUAGGCGCAUAACGUAUUGGAGAAACAAGAUGGCGUCUCUAAAUCAUCAAAGGGACCAUAAGGGAUUAAUGUUAUUCAGGGAAGCCCAGUACGAGUACUUGAGGGUUCUACAACACCAAAACGAUUACUGGCGUCAAAGAGCCAAGCAAUUUUGGUUGAGAGAAGGGGACGUAAAUUCGACAUUCUUUCAUAACUCUGUUCAAAGAAGGCGGCAAAACAACACCAUCUCGAGGCUCAAAGAUGAAAAUGGCUCCUGGGUGGAUAAAGAUGUGGAGUUGAUCAGGAGUAUUCCUAUCCCUGAUCUUAAGCUUGAGGACAAGAUUGUGUGGAUGGAAGAUGAAAAAGGAGACUAUACCGUGAAAAACUGCUACAGAAGACUCACUGAUGCUGUGCUAAAUCAACAGACCUUGGCUUGGACUAAAUGCUGGAAGCUACGUUUACCCCCAAAGAUAAAGGCUUUCUUUUGGCAGGUGCUUUAUCCUACUUGUUGGAGUGGCAAUCUGCCAAUCAGCUCAGCCACCACCAAUCCCAUGUUUCCCAUCAGGUUGAAACUUGGUCAAAACCUCUAGUGGGGUGGCUCAAACUCAAUAGUGAUGAAGCUUUGGAUU